AUGAACGCUGCUCGCAGUGGGCCCCAGCUUGCCAGUGGCAUCGAGGACAAACUGGAAGAUUUCGCCAAGGACACCGAGAAGUCCGGCAAGGGCCUAUCGGACAUGGCAUUGGUGGACGUGAUUGUGAAGCAGAGCGCGGACGCCGUCGCGUUCCUCGAGGGCUUCCAGAUCGACCUCUCCAGCAUCGCGCAACUCGGCGGCCACUCGCAUCCGCGCACGCACAGGUCCAAGCCCGACGGCAAGCCCAUGAACAUCGGCUUCCGCAUCAUGUCCGUGCUCAUCAAAUACGUCGAAGCCCUUCCUGCCGAUAAGGCCAAGGUGGUGAAGCAGGCCCGUGUGACCGCGCUUCUCACAGACGACAGCGGCGCCGUCACCGGCGUCAAGUACGAGACCCCCGCGGCUGACGGAUCUGGCGGCAAGGAAGAGACGGAGGUGAAGGCGUCCGCAGUCAUCCUCGCCACAGGCGGCUAUUCCGCCGACAAGGCCGAGGGAGGUCUGCUGGACCAGCACACUCCUAAGCUGCGAAACCUGGCGACCACCAACGGGCCGUUCGCGACGGGCGACGGCGUGCGACUGGGCGUGGCGGCGGGCGCGGGGCUGAUCCACAUGGAUCAGGUGCAGCUGCACCCGACGGGGUACGUGGAUCCCAAGGACCCGCGCAACCCCGUCAAGUUCCUCGCGCCCGAGGCCCUGCGCGGAUGCGGCGGUAUUCUUUUGAAUGAGAAGGGCGACCGCUUCGUCAACGAGCUGACUACGAGAGACGCUGUGGUGGAGGCGAUUCUGAAGCACUGCGGCCCACUCCCGGAGGUGCCAGACGCGCCAGCAGGGGGCGCGGACAUGCCCGCUGUGUCGUACCUGAUUCUAAACCAGGAGGCCAUCAACAAGUUCGACCCGCUCUCCUGCCAGUUCUACAUCGGCAAGGGGCUUAUCCGCAAGUUUGACAGCGUGGAGGCACUGAGCGAGGGCACCAAGCUGCCAGCAGCCAACGUGAAGGCUGCUCUGGACGCGUACGGCCACCAUGACGCAGAGAAGGGCGACCCCUUCGGCAAGACCGUCUUCCCUGUGCUCUUCAACUCCUCGGAGCCCCCGCUGUACGUGGCCAUCAUCACGCCGUCGCUGCACUACUGCAUGGGAGGGCUCAAGUUUGACACCAGCGGCCGCAUCCUCAAGGAGGAUGGCUCGCCCAUUCCUGGCCUCUUUGGAGCUGGCGAAGUGACAGGUGGGCUGCAUGGCGCAAACCGUCUGGGUGGUAACUCCCUGCUUGAGUGUGUGGUGUAUGGCCGCGUGGCUGGCAUCAGUGCCUUUGACCGCAUUGGGUCUAAAAUUUUGCGUAGGGAUGGCAUGGGAACCUGGCCACGGCACUACCACCACCAUCACCAGCAGCAGCAGCAUGGGAGGGGCACCGCCGGUGUUACCACCACCGUCGGACUCCCUCGCUCCUGCCGCACUCCUCGCCAUGGACGACCUUUUUCUCCCGCUCGCACCAUCGCGCUCUCCACACUCUUCCCCGCUCGCACCGCUGCACUCUCCACGCUCUACCCUUCUCGUACCGCCGCACUCUCCGCCCUCUUCCCUUCUCGUACCGCCGCACUCUCCGCCCUCUUCCCUUCUCGUACCGCCGCAGUCUCCGCCCUCUUCCCUUCUCGUACCGCCGCACUCUCCGCCCUCUUCCCUUCUCGUACCGCCGCACUCUCCGCUCUCUUCCCUUCUCGCAAGCGGAAAGAUGGCGCUCUGCAAUUGGCUCGUGGUGGAGGUGGGUGGGGACGCAAGGGAGGACCGGGCGGGGAGAGGAGUGGCAGUGGUGGCAGCUGUGGGGCCCCCGAAUUCGCUGUGCAUGGCGUUUUCAGCAGUACUGGCACCAACUCAGCAAGCGACGCUGGACAGAAGAGAAAAAUCCCAAGCCCAGGAGGUCCCACUAGCUUCGCAACAGCCGCUCACAUGCGACAGCAGGGCCCCAGGCAUAUCCCGCAUGCCUGCCACAGCCGGAGGAGCGUGCUCGAACCGGCCAGUGUCUCGUUCGUUCGGCCGAAUCCAGCCAGUGCCGUAGCGACGUCUAUCCUGGGCAGUGCUACAACGACACCUAUCCUGGGCGGCAAUGCCACGGUUGUUGAUCCUCGUAUCCUGGGCAGCGCAGCGACUAGACGAGUGGGAGAAUCAGACACGAGCGGCGUGGACGGCAUGGGUGGCAUGGGUGGCAUGGGUGGCAGGGUUCGGUGGCAUUCUGGCGACGAGUUUGGUGCGGGCGUGUGCCUUCAGCAGCAGCCUGUGUGCAACGCAGAUGAUCGGCUCAGGUCCCCCGCAGGCGACAAUCCGUGCAGGGGUGCGGAAGGUUGGCCCACACAAGAUGAGCACGGGGUGAUAUACCAGAGCAGGGCCACUGGCUGCCCAUGCGAUGUGCAAGACGAGUGUGCCACUGACGACGAGCGAUCGCGUCCAUGCCAGGCCGUGGGGACUGGUUCGGUGCCGAACCAGAGGGUUAAGAGACGCAGCAUGGCGGAGCGGCGGAGGAGGGAGAGGAUCAGUGAGGGGCUGCGGAGGCUGCGGGCGAAGGUGAGGGGGCGGGGGGACACGUGCGCUAUGCUGGAUAGGGCAGUGGGUUAUGUUGCUGCGCCGGAGAGGCGCGUGAUGGAGCUAGAAGGGGUUGUCAUGGCGGCUGCUGGGUCUGGGAGAAACGGUUUUCCCAAGAACGCAUUUGCUGGUGGUGCUUUUGCUGGUAAUACUUUCGCUAAUGAUGCUGCGGCAGUGAGGGCGAUUCCGUCUGCUCUGACUUCGGUCCCUACUAGCCUUGGGAGUGACGCUGUUGCUGGUUGGCCUUGGGAGUGA